CACGUCGAUUGUUUGAUUACAAUUUUCAUGAUUUUUUUUUUUUUCGUUUUUGUUUUUGAAUAUAGUCAACAGUCAUGGUUAGAAACUACAAAAGACGUACGUUAGGAACCUUCAGUGAAGAAAAUAUGAGAGAAGCUGUUAAAUUAGUAUUAGGAGGUAUGUCACUCAGGAAAGCGGCAGAACAAAAAUUAGUGAAGUUUCAAACAUUAGCUAGGUAUGUAAAGAAACAAAAAAAUGAUCUCAAAUCUAAUUUAAGGAUGUGUCCGCGGUAUGACUGUCGUCUAGUUUUUAAUAAAAACCAAGAAAAACAACUUGUUAAUUAUCUGAUUAAAUGCUCAAAAAUGUGUUAUGGGUUAAACACUGUCGAAUGUAAGAAAUUUGCAUAUGAAUUAGCAAAAAAAAAUGAUUUGAAAAUGCCUUGUACUUGGGAAACAAAUCAAUCAGCUGGGUCUGAAUGGAUGUCAUCUUUUUUAAAAAGAAAUCAAGAAAUAAGUCUACGAUCACCCGAGGCGUGCAGUCUAUCAAGAGCCACAUCAUUUAAUAGGCAUAAUGUCAUGCAAUUUUUCGAUAAGUUAAUGACAAUUAUGAAAAGACAUCCAAAGUUUAGUGAUGGCUCUCGUAUAUAUAACUUAGACGAAACCGGUGUUACUACAGUUCAAUCUCCAAAAAAAGUUAUUGCUGAAAAAGGUAUAAAAAGAUUAAAUAAAGUUACAAGUGGAGAAAGGGGAGUUCUCGUGACUGUUUGUUGUAUUAUAAAUGCGUAUGGUUAUUCAUUGCCUCCUUCGUUCAUUUUUCCUCGUGUUAAUUUCAAGAAUCAUAUGCUAAUAGGUGCCCCGAGUGGAUCUUUAGGAUUGGCAACUCCCUCCGGUUGGAUGAAUUCAACACUGUUUAUUGAAGUAUUAGAUCAUUUUAUAAAAUUUACUAAUUGUUCUACUGAAAACCCUGCACUGUUAAUCAUGGAUAAUCAUGAAAGUCAUAUUUCAUUAGAGUGUAUUGAUAAAGCUAAAUCCAAUGGCAUCACAAUCUUAACAUUGCCCCCACAUUGUAGCAAUCGAAUGCAGCCAUUAGAUGUUAGUGUUUAUGGGCCUUUUAAAUCUUUUUAUAAUCAUUCAGUAGAUUCUUGGCUACAGGCACACCCUGGAAAAACAAUAUCAAUAUAUGAAGUAGCAGCUUGUGUUGGAAAAGCAUUUGAAAAGUCUAUGACUCCAUCCAAUAUAAAAUCUGGUUUUAAAUCUACAGGAAUUUUCCCUUACGAUAAGUUUAUUUUUAAUGAUGAUGAUUUUCUUGUCAGUUCUGUCACUGACAGACAAGAAUCUCAACAAGUGUCAACAGAUAAUAACUCCACAAGUCCUAGUUUAGUCAAUAUUAGUCCAACUGAAGCUUCAACUAGUAAAACUUUUGUAAGCCCUGAAGACCUAAGAGGAUAUCCAAAAGCUGAAGCCCGAAAAACCAGAGUAAACAAUCGCCGAAAAGGUAAAAGUACAAUUGCAACAGAUACUCCAGAGAAAGAUUCGACUGAAGAAAAUAAUAUAAAUAAAAUUAAACAUGUCCCGAAAAAAAAUAAAAUUAAAAAAAAUCUAUUUUCAAAUGAAAUAAAACAAAAGCCGCCGUCGUCAGAUGAAGAAGAUAUCUGUGGAAAAAUUACACCAACUGUAGUUACAUCUGAAGAUGAAAUUGAUUAUGAAGACCUCACUACCUACGAUGAGCUUGCAAAGGAACCAAAAGAAGGGGACUAUGUUUUAGUUCAGUUUAAAACAGUUAAAGAGGGCACUGUUUACUAUGUAGGAAAAAUAAUAAAAGAAAAAGAUGAAGAAACUGAUGUAGAAAUAUCUUUUUUAAGAAGAUAUAAAAAAUCAUUUGAAAAGUUUCAUAUGCCUGAUGUUCCUGACUUAGCAUCUGUUUCUGUUAAGGAUGUUUUACAAAUUCUUCCUAAACCAAAGGUUGUGGGUCAUACUAAAAGACAGCAAUCAUACUUAAUGUUUGAAGUUGAUCUCAGUAAUUUCAAUUUAAAAUAAUUAGUAAUUUUACAUAAAAUAUAAUUUCUACUUUAAAUUAAGUGCAAUAAAUUAUACAGAA